UGAUUCUGGACAUUUCUUCUCAAGAACUCUCCUUGGUAGUUAGCCUGAACAUUAUGAAACCGUCUGGUUAACCUGGAGCCCUCUGAGUCUUGCUUCUUCAUUUUGGCUCUGUUCUCCAAGGAAAGGGAAGCGUUUUCUCAGCUGAACAAAAUGGCUAAACAUGUCUUUGCCUCAAGAGAGGGUUCAUAAUCACACAGCAGGCAGGCCCUGAAUGAGCUUGCUGCCUCAGCCAUGCAAGAGAACACUACCCCAUUUUCAACAUCACAAUCUUGGUAUUCACCAGUAAUUUCUCCGGUCUUUUGCCUGAAGAUGAAUCUGGCAGGAGAGAAAGUAAUUUCUUCCCCUAUGACAGAAUCUGCCUGGGAGCACUACUUCAUGAUGGAGAAGCAAAAAUUAGCUGAUUCUGAGCUAACAAAACCUCUUCCUAUUGUUCAAGAUGAGAGUAGAGGAGGUUUCUGGGAAAGAAGAAGCAUGCUGAAGAGCCUGGGGAAAGCCGUGCCCUGUUCAGAGGUACAGCGCCAGCACUUCAGGCAGUUCCGCUAUGAGGAAGCUGAGGGACCCCGAGAGCUUUGCAAUCGACUCCAUGCUCUCUGUUGCCAGUGGUUGAAGCCAGAAGAACGUACAAAGGCUCAGAUCCUGGACCUAGUGAUCCUGGAGCAAUUCAUGGCUGUCCUCCCCCCAGAAAUAAAAAGCUGGUUGAGAGAAUGUAGAGCAGAGAGUACUUCACAGGCAGUAGCCCUGGCAGAAGGUUUCCUCUUGAGCCAGAUAGAGGAGAAGAUACAGGAAGACCACAGGGAGAUCUUUGUGGAAGAGUCCACUGGUUUCUGUGAUGUAGAGAAGGGUACCUCAGACUCUGGAGAAGGAGUACAAUUCAAAUGGGUCUCACAAGAACAUGGCACAGAUACCACCCCCAGCUCCUCUCUAGAUAAGGUGAUGCUUGAGAAGGUGACUGUGUCUUUCAGUGAAGAGGAGUGGGCCCAGCUGCAUCUGGACCAAAGGGCCCUGCACAGAGAAGUCAUGGAGAAGAACAUGGAGAUUGUGGCCUCUCUGAGUAAUUGGCAGGAGAGGCAGAACCAAGCAAAGCCAAGGAUGUCUUUGCUGCAAAGCGUUGAAUGUCAAGUUAAGAAAGAGAAGGAAGCCAAAACUGACAUUCAGGAGAAGUGGAGGAACAAAGCAUUUCCUUCUCAGAAUGGAGGCAUCCGUGGAAUCUCCAGCCAAGAAAUAAUAGAAAAAAGAAAUGGAAGAGGUACAUGCAUUUCUCCUCAAUAUGGAUGGAACCUUGAUUUUAAAGACAGCCUUAACCUUCAUAGGAGCACAUAUGCAGAAAGAAUUCUCACACGAAAGAAGAAAUGUGUGUUUUCAAUGUGUGGAAAGAGCUUUGGGUGGAGAUCACAAUUUGUGCCACUUCAGUGGUCCCACACAGGGGAGAACCCAUUUAAAAGCUUAGAGUGUGCCAGAAGUUUCAGUCCGAAGGGAUAUUUCAUCCAUCAUCUGGCAACUCACUUUGGGGAGAAACCAUUUAAUUGUUUGGAAUGUGGGAAAAGAUUCCGUCGGAAGUCAAACCUCACUGCUCAUCAGUUAAUUCACACAGAAGAGAAACCAUUUAAAUGCCAGGAGUGUGGAAAGAACUUUAGAUCAAAGCAAAAGCUCACUCAGCAUCAAGUAACUCACACAGGGGAGAAACCAUUUCAUUGCUUGGAGUGUGGAAGGAGUUUCAGUAGGAAGUCAACCCUCAUUUCCCAUCAGUUAAUUCACACAGGGGAGAAACCAUUUCAAUGCCUGGAGUGUGGAAGGAACUUUAGACUGAAGCAAAAAUUCACUCAGCAUCAGGUAACUCACACAGGUGAAAAACCAUUUCAUUGCCUUGAAUGUGGAAAGACUUUCAGUCGGAAGUCGAAUCUCAUUUCUCAUCAAUUACUUCACACGGGAGAGAAACCAUUUAAGUGUCUGGAGUGUGAAAAGACUUUUAGAUGGAAGACAGAACUCACUCAGCAUAAAUCAACUCACACCGGGGAGAAACCGUUUCAGUGCUUGCAGUGUGGAAAGAGCUUCAGUCGGAGGUCAAGCUUCAUUUCCCAUCAGUUAAUUCACACCGGAGAGAAACCAUUUCAAUGCCUGGAGUGUGGAAAGAGCUUUAGAUGGAAGCAAAAGCUCACUCAGCAUCAAUUAACUCACACAGGGGAGAAACCAUUUCCUUGCUUGGAGUGUGGAAAGAGUUUUAAUCGGAAGUCAAAUCUCCUUUCACAUCAGUUACUUCACACAGGGGAGAAACCAUUUAAAUGCCUGGAGUGUGGAAAGACCUUUAGAUGGAAGACAGAGCUCACACAGCAUAAAUCAACUCACACUGGAGAGAAACCAUUUCAGUGCUUGCAGUGUGGAAAAAGCUUCAGUCGGAAGUCAAGCCUCAUUUCACACCACUUAAUUCACACAGGGGAGAAACCAUUUCAAUGCCUGGAGUGUGGAAAGAAGUUUAGAUGGAAGCAAAAGCUCACCCAGCAUCAGUUAAUUCACACAGGGGAGAAACCAUAUCAGUGCAUGGAGUGUGGAAGGAGCUUCACUCAUAAAAUAAGCCUUACUCGUCAUCAAGUAAAUCACACAUUUCAGUGCUGCCAGAAAUGUGGAAAGAGCUUCACUCCAAAGAUAGGCCUAACUUCCUAUCAAACAACUUACACAAUGGAUAAAGCCUUACUGUGCUUGGAGUGUACGGAGAGUUUAUCUCAGAAGCCACAAGUUAAGUCAGAAGAACAGUCUCCUUUGCCAUUUAGCAACUCAUACAAGGGAGAAGCAAUGAAAAUGGAAACAAUUUGAGAGGGCCACACAUCUAAAAUUCAUGUGUUUACAUGUGUCCGUAUUUCUACGCUGGAGAACUAUUCAGAUAUUUGGGAAAGGAGCACAUGAUUCAGUCAAGAUGAGCCGCACGUGAAUAAGCACUUCAUAUUAAUGGGGGGGGGGGGGGAUUAAAUAGGAAAGGUUGUCCUUUCUACUCCAGAGCACUUACCGAAGGCCUGAAUGUUUGUUGAAGAGAAAAUUAACACUGUUUUUAAAUUUACACUCAAUCUAAGCUUUAUGGGAUUGUUGUGGUUGCUGACCUCCCAAUUUAAAACAAUCUUAAGAUGUCUUGUGAUGAAAUGUCAAAUUGUAACGGGAAAUAUUUGCUGUUUUUUAAGAUUACAAUAUUACACUUCAAAACCAAAUGUUACCUUUUAUUUUCAGUCAAUCUGAAGAAAUCCUUCAUGACUGAAAGCCUUUUUGAUAAAUCCCUGGUUGUGAAGAAUUGGUGUGAAGUUCAACUUUUAACAUUUUUGCAUGUAUUUUUAUCAGUUGCUGGUGUAGGUCAUCUUCUGCCUUAGUGGCACAUUUUUCCAAAAUCUCAUUUCAUUAUAUGAUGGACUAUAGCUUAGAUGACCUGAAUUAAUAUUUAAUUGAUAACACUGCAACAAAGUAGUCUGAGUCUUUUUUGCUUUCUAUGGCCACAUACAGACAGGCCAAAAUAAAGCUGCUUCGGGUCACUUUGGAGGUAUGCUAUUUAAAUGAUGCAUACGUCCUAAGAGUCUGGAAGCCACACCAAAGCCAUGCUCCAGUCCUCAGGAGUCCUUCCAGAUUCUUAGGACAUAUGCAUCACUUAAACAGCAUACCUCCAAAGUGACCCAAAGCAGCUUUAUUUUGGCCUGUCUGUAUGGGCCCUUUGUAAUUUAUUUUGAAUAUAGGUUUUUUCUAGAAAGCGUACUGUCUAAACUCUGUUGUGCCACUUUCUUUGUAAUAAACCUUGUGAAG